AUGCCUCUCUACGACGUCGAACACGUCGUCGCCCUCACGCCGGACCAACAGGAGGCGCUCGCCAAGGCGUUCACGGAGCUGCACUCGAUGCGCUUCAAGACGCCGCGCUUCUUCCUCAACGUCCGCUACACCGACUCCAGCAGGCAGGUGGUCUUCCGCAAUGGCAGGCGGGCGGUCUACAACCGUGUCAUCCUGCGGACGCGGGCCGGCGAGCUGCGGUCCAAAGAACUGUACGACGAGCACUGUCGGGAUAUCAUCAAGAUCUGGGAGGACAUUGUGGGGAAGGAAGGGGAGCUGGGGUUGAGGACCGUGUGGGUGAUGGGGGCCUUGACCACUGCCGUCGAGUGCGGCAUCGCCAGGCCAAAAGUGGGCGAGGAAGACGAGUGGCUCAAAGCACACAUGGACGAAUUUCGAAACCUGGCAGCAGCAGGCGAUGAGGACUUCAAGGAAUUGGUCCAGGAACUCGACUCAAGAGGUCAAUAA